UGUUCGUGCUCAAACUGCUCUGUCAGCCUUGUUACAAAAGCGCAGGAGAGCAUUUGCUGCAAAGAGAUCGAUCGCUGCGAAGAGGUCAUGGAAGAAGCCAUUGGAGACCGGACCGUAUGCAUAACCCUCCAUCCAGGGUUUGAAAGCGUCUGCUUAAACCGCCACGUAUUAGAAGUCGCUGCACUGGGCCUAAAAACGCGAGCUGGAAAGUCGUACACAACUGUUCGUGGGCAAAGCAACAAAAGUGAUGAUGAGUAAGUUGGGGUAUUGUUGACUUUGUAUCGGCACGAUCGAACCUUACAUAGCAGUAGUAAGAGGGGCCACUACGGUACAGACCAAUCAGAGAGCCGGAUUUAGGUCACGUGGUACAAAUGGACCAAUCAGCGUGCAGCAGAAGGUCAUGUGACCUGUCAAUCAUCAUUAGUGAUUUAAUUGUCAAUUUCAUGACGCUAAUGAGCUCUCAAUCAUUCAUUAGUUAAUGAGUGCGUCUAAUGAGCUGUCAAUCAUUCAUGAGUGACGUCAUAGGGGUGAUGACGUGUUGUAAAAGUGACCUCGUGUCACGUUGGGGUGUGGCCCUGUAACCCUAACCCUAGCGCCCUGUUACCCUAACUCUAACCCUAAGGGCUCUUAUAUUGGUAGACGAACUUGAAGUCUCGUCCACGUGGGAACCCUAAGAGAGAAUUCGCGAGGGCGCAUGCGCACACCAUAAACUUGGGUUUUUUUGGGGGGGGGGUCAACGGUGUUUUCCUGGGUCCUGACCCUAACCCUAGGUUGGGGCUGGGUCGAGGUCCCCCCCGGAGAGUCUCUCCCCGGUGGUCACGUGGGUAUUCCCUAGGGAAUUCAAAAAAAGGAAAAAAAAAUAAAAAUUUUUUUUGGCACAGUGUUCAAACUCAGGUUUAUUACACUUGAACCCUAACGUUUUACAAGCGGGAACGUGUGCCCGACCUCAGUGGUGUGGGGCGUCCCUACAUGGUACAAAUAAGCGAUCCGAACUUGCGGUGGUGGUGCUGGGUGCUGGGGUCAGAGCGUUCACAGGUGACUUCGGAACACGGCUUGGAUGUGGAGUAGUCCCUUUUCUUGGUCCUCGGUGCUGUGGAGUAUGUCUUGGUAGUGGGCGUGGGUACUGGGAUGUUCUUCGGGUGACUGUUCGAACAAGUACCGUACAGUAUCUCUGAGGCCUUCUAGGUUUUGCCGGCACGUCUCUAGAUUUUGGACACAGGUGGUGUAGGCGAAUUCGCACGAUCGUCGCUGCUUGUCCGCCACGUGGGGGUCGAUCAACUGGCGCCUCACUUGCUCGCACAUGCGGUUCAGGCGGCAUUCGUAGCCCCAGUCCAGGUCCAUGGAGAUGUUUUCUCGCAACUCCCACAACACGUCCAAGUAUUCUUCGAGGUAGUCUCGGUUGAAGACCCUGGGUGCCAUGAUCGGGAACUUGGGUGUGGAGCACUAUAGCGACCCAGAAGAAGGUCAACGAGAAUACAGUGAUUGGCGCGAUGAACAGCGUGAUCCGUGUCGAGGUGCAGGGUCGAUGGGAGGGGGACUUAUAUGGACCUAUAGGAGGGGGCGCAAAGCCCCUCUGGGAAGGGCCUCAAAGGAGGGGGGAUACCCCCCAUCCCCCUCUUUUUCGAGGGGUCGAACGGGGGGGAUGGGAAGGCACGUGACCCAGAGUAGAAGACGUGGGACCGGUCGCGACUCGGGUUGUCUGCAGUUGGUCUUGGUUCAAAGAUGGCGGACUCUUUACCUUUUGGUAUUUCACUGUUUCCGGACGAUGUUGUUUUACCCGACGAUGAUGAUGAUGUUGUUCCCGACGAUUUACCCGAGUUGCCCGAAGAUGUGUUGUUGAUUAUUGCGAGAGAGUAUCGAUUGGCCACGGCGGAGGAUCGUGCUUUGAAUGGAUGGUACAGGGUCCAUGGAGAGAUGCGCUAUUUACCCCGGCGCCCCAAACGGAAGCGGAUCAUCAAUCUCAAGGGGUUUUACGUCCCUCGCCAUGGUAACAUGUUGGAGCCUGUGACGGGGUACUUUUAUCGGAGACUGAUGCGAAGGGCGUUUGCCAGAGACGCGGACCCCAGGUUGUACCAGUGGUUCCGGCGAGCGUUUGGCCACGACGACUACCUUCGGGCUACCCAGGCAGCCGAGUGGCCCUACGUGCACUGCAUUCAUUGUGGCAAGAUUCACGAGUGUGGCAACGAGGAAGCCGAAGAAGAAAGGCAGUACCAGAAAGACCAGCGGGCCUUUCGAAAAAAGAUGCGGCGUGUGGACAACGUGUGGGCUCAACGCGACUGGUUAAAGAGACUCCGCCCUCGCCGCCCCAAGACCUAAACCCUCACCCUUCAAUGUUUAUCAGGGACCCCCUUUGGGGUCCCGCCCACAUUUGCAAAAGUCAAUGAUCAACCCUCAGAUUAAAAAAACACAUUUUAUUGAUCAUCGCUCGGGUCGAUCGCGUUGCGCCAGGUCUUGCACGUAGCGCUUGUAAGCCUCUCGGUAUUGAUCUUGCAGGUGAAGGAGCAUCUCGGUGUGAUCGUGAUGGGCUUGCCACCCUCGUCGGGUGCGUUCGCGGAGAUACUCGUCGAGGCGUAGACGUCGAUGAUACUCGGCAUUCAUGGGGACAGCGUGUCUCGGGUGCGUUGGAAGAGCGAGGUGAGUUGCAGGUGGUGCAGCGGCAGGGAACGGAUGCCCAAGACGGCACUGCGUGGAUGAAGCACCGGAAAGGUCGAGGUCGAGAGCGGAGUGAAGGUCUGGUCGCUGGGGGCGCGUUUAUACCAUUGCCCGGUCGUGACGUCACACAGCAACAACGCUUUGCCCGAGGACGAGGCUAGCUCGGUCACGCAGCCGGUGUCGUCCAUGUCCCGUAGGGGUGUGUACGACCCAAAGAGGUAGACGGUGUGCGCGUCGCGGAGCACGUGCUGGGUCGGACCGUCGAUGAGGUGAACGGUCAUCCCCUGGCAUUCGGCCAGGUCGGCGAUUUGGUUGUCGGGGGUGUAGACCGUGUAGUCCUGAAGGGUGGGCAUGGUACCGAGCGAGCGACGUUUUCUCCUCCGUCGCCUGGACGGUCGUGACACGGGACCUUUUUGCAUGACUGGCCUGGACUCGGGGAAAGAGAGGGUAUUUAUAGAGUAGGGGGAAGGCAAGACCGGCCAAUCAUGAGACGAGUCCGACGGAGAAGAAGGCGCCGCCGCCGCGGUCCCCCCAUCACGAUGUCGGGGCGUGGUUUGUUGGGCCUGCUGACCAAAUCGGCCAAGAUCGGUUAUCAAUUGGGCAAGAGGAAAGAUUACAAGUGCAUAGGCGCCAAAGGAGGCACGGGCCAUGUCACGCGCCGUCAUGCGCCCUGGGAGGUGUGAGCACGCGGGGGCGGAGCCCGACCUGACCAAUCACGGGGAUUUGGGCCCUUAUAAGGCGUGGGGGACGUCAUGGGGACACGUGAUCGACAGGGAGUAUAAAACGGCGCGGGGCGGUCCUUUCGGCCUACUUUCAUCAUGGCCGCUUGUACGAGACACCCCACGCGUCCGGCACCCGUGCCGGCCGGUCGUGCCAAAGGCAAGAAACGUCGAGCGGAGGAUGCUUUGGAAGACAAGACGGAGGUGUUGGAGGAAGGCGAGUUGGCCGCCUGGUUCUUGAACGAGAUGGAUCAGGCCACGCAGACGGAUCCCGUCCCGUACGCGCCGGUGGACCGACCCGGGGUGUGGAUGUGCCCGUUACAUCCCGACGAGGCCUUGUCCGAGGGCCGCAAGGACGAGUUUGUCUAUGUCUACUGCCCGCGCGACACGUGUCCCGUGUUCAGUCCCCAAGACCGCGUGGACGAAUGGAUGACCCUGGUGACCCAACAGUUGCACGAGGAAUUGCGUCAACGAUGGGAUGAGCUGACGUGUUUUUGCGAUCGACGGUUAUCGCUGAGCAAGAGCGGGUCGGAGAAAAACCCACAGCGCAUGUACCUGGCCUGUCGCGACGGACGCUGUCGCUGUUUCCUGUGGUUGAACCUCCCGUUGUCGGGCAAGAUGCGUCGUCGCGUCCGUGGCGAAGACUGGAACAGCAGCCACCUCCCCAGGGCCAAACGAGACGGCUUGGCCGCCCGAAUGCAGGGCGUGGACGGGUCGGCGACCAAGGGGUUCAUGAUGUGCGACAAUGGAUACAACACCCUGACCUCCCCGGGCAUUUUGGAGGGACUGAGGUAUCGCCCGUGGAUGCACGGCGCUUGGGAGGAGUAUCAAGGGGCCAGCACGCCGGAAGCCCGCCGUCAAGUGUUGCUGUUGGCGUACGCCCGGUACGAGGGGGAAGACGGUCAUCAUCCCGAGAGUCCGCGGGUGCUGAGAGACUUGCGCGAGCAUUGGUUGGAGGGGAAACCCAAAGUGUGGCGCGGCAGUGUCUUCACCGCCGACGGGCUGGAGCGAUUGAACUGCCAAUCCCGAUCGGACCCUGCCUGGUGGCAGCCACGCCGUGAUAGUUUAAACCAAUAAAAAAGAUAAGAAAGAGAGUCGACUGUGUCUUGUCGUGAUUGCAGCGCGUGCGUGUGACAUGAGGAAGAAGAAGCGCCGCGUGAAUUGGGCGGACGCCUACGAAACACCCUCGUUGCGCGGGAGUUUGGGGGGUGUCGCGCGUUUGGCGCAAGCGCACGGCGUGCCGGUGAGUCGUGCCCGUGCGAAAUUGCAAGGGUUGUUGAGUUACACCUUGCACAAACCGCGACGACGACGUUUCCCUACCCUGCCGGUGGUGGUGCAUGGGAUGGACGACCAAUGGGUGGCCGACCUGGUGGAGAUGCAACCGUUGAAAAAAUGGAAUCGGGGGAUGCGCUAUUUGUUGACGGUGGUGGAUGUGUUGUCCAAGUACGCGUGGGUGGAACCGUUGAAGAGCAAGACGGGCGUGGCAGUGGCCGCGGCGUUCGACCGCAUCCUCAAACGCGCCCGAGGACGCCACCCCGUGCGAUUGCAGACGGAUGCCGGCAAAGAGUUUUACAACCGCACGUUUCAGGCCCUGAUGACGCGUCGGAAGAUUCAUCAUUUCUCGACCUACGGGGAUACCAAGGCGUCGGUGGUGGAACGAUUCAAUCGGACCUUGAAAGAACGCAUGUACCGUUACUUUACCGCCCGCAACACGUACCGGUACGUGGACGCCUUACCCGCGUUGGUGCAGGGCUACAACGUGACCAAACACCGCAGCAUCGGCAUGGCCCCUCGCGACGUGACGUGGGCUAACCAACACCAGGUCUGGCAACGUUUGUACGGCAAACGUCUGGCGCGUCGCGUGCGUCCCAAAUGGAAAGCCGGGGAUCGCGUGCGUUUGCAGAAACAGCACCGUCCGUUGGAGAAAGGGUAUCUGCCCGGUUUGACCGAAGAGGUGUUUCUCAUCGACCGGGCCGUGCCGGGACCCGUGGCCACCUAUAAAAUCAAGGCAGGUGGGUUUGGCAGGUGGGUUUGGCCGGGGUCUACUUACCCGGACCCCCCAACACGGUCUCGCAUGGGGUGACGUCGCAUCCCGUGACGACCACGCCGGUGGCCCCCCGGGAGAGACGCAAGUGACGUUGCAUUUCCAGGCAUGAAUCGCAUCGUGUUGGUCAGCGAUCCGACAAAAGAAUUUCCCACCAACACCACCAGUUCGUUCAAAGUGCGCCUGCCCGUGCCUUUGGAAUUGAAGGGGGAAGGAUGGAAGGUGGGGCUGGCGGCCAUCUCCACCCCGGAUGCCACAUUGGACGUGUCGAGACUCACGACGGCCGUCAAUCCACGCGUGCUCAUCCUGGGCUGCAAGUUGGUGAACAGUUUGAGGGCGGACGCCAUCCCGUACCACCAGCUGACCACCAUGCAGAUCAAGGAUAUCAUGCACGAUCCCGGCGUGGUGGAUGGGGUGAGUCUGAUGAAAGUCCUCAUACGCAAAUCGCAGUUUUACGAGAUGAAAGAAGCUCAAGCGAGGAGUAAACGACACUACGACCGGUUUCGGGUCACGUACGAAUGGGACGGCGAGGACCUGCGUAUGCUGGCCAAGGACUUGGACGACAUUGCGUUGACGACCGGCAUGUCGUUCGUGCAAUGGCACGUGCACGUGAGCAUGGCUAAACUGAUGGGGUGGCUGGUGGAGACGGGGAAGGACAAGUACGCCUUGGGGCCCAAUCUCCCGUUACGAACUCAUUUACAAGACGCAGCAGUCGGGGAAUUAUUACAAAGACGUCAAGAACACGGAACUGAACAACCACGACCUUUGGAAAAUAGAAAGCGACCACUUACAGUUGAGUCAGACCAUCAAUUGGCGCUUCAGCAACUUGAACGUCGCUUUCCGAGAGGUGGUGGGGGAACCCUCGCGCACCUUUCUGGUCUACUCGGACCUGGUGGACAGCAAUAUCGUCGGCGGCCAACAACAUGCGCUGGUGCGCGAAGUGGAGUACCGGCGCCUAGGCCAGGGCGUGGCCUACUUUGAACCCUUGCACAUUCAGUGGUUACCGUGUCGGCGCGAGUACAUGGACCUCGUGGAGGUGGAAAUAGCCGAGAGUCACGGUGGUCUCGUCAAGUUCGGCUCGGGACGCACCCUGAUCAUCUUCGUGUUCAAACGAGACGUAUAAAAAAGGCGCGUGCCUUGGGGGAACGUAUCACUUCAUGUGGGGAGGCAGUCUGACGCGGUACCGUCCACCACCCCUGCCACCGCAGGAUGGACGAGGACUUCGAGAGGAUCUCUAUCGUUUGGGCGGACCGAUUCUAGCCAGUGCCGUCCAAGUCGGGGCGCGGGCGGGCGCCCAAGGGCAGUCGUGGCGCGGGGUGGCACGGGCGGCCGGCCAAGAGAUAAAAAGAGGGUUGAAACGCAAGGCUCUACCCAUUGCCGCAACGGUCGCCAAGAGGUCGGCAGCAUCGACGGCCAAGAAAGGGUAUCGGAACACGGUCGGACGCAUUCGCGACGUGCUGGGCGUGUAAGAGAUGACUCGUCCACGAAGGUUGAUGGUGCAAUCCCGGCCUCGCUAUCAACGGAGCGUGCCCUCGCCGUUUGGACGACAACGAAGAGGAUGGAUUAGUGCUAGCGUGCCCAAGCCGCCAGCGUACGACUUGACCAAAUGGUUGUUGGCCCAACAACGUCGCGCCCAGCGCGGAGGAUGGCUCGGUCCUCACUUUCCCAAGCCGCCGGGGUACGACUUCCACAAAUGGGUGGCGUCCAGGAUGCGUAUAAAACGACGACGCCGCUGAGGAGGAGACGCACUCCACGUCCUCGGCAUCAUGAGCAGUUUGGACAUUUUCUCGGUCCCGUCGACCGACUAUCAAUUGCAGGGUUACAAAAUAGUGCCCGACCACAAAUUGAGCAGCAGCAUCACCCCGAUGAAGUUCUCGGUGCAGUCCUUGGAAGAUUACGUGGAUUUGAAUGGCAGUUAUUUCGUGAUCGACUUGCGUUUGUCCACGUCGGGCACCAACGGCAUCGUGGCCGAUGCCAAUUCGGCGUCGGAUGCCAACAACACCAAGUUCACGUACGCCGUCAACAACCUGGCCCACACCAUCUUCAAGCAGAUCAACGUGCGGUUCAAUGGCACCCUAAUGACCGAACAGACCGACACCUAUGCCUACUCGGCCUAUCUUCAGACCCUGCUCAACUACAGCCAGGACGAUGGAGAGACGUUGCUGGCUCCUCAAAGCUGGGUCAAUUUCUUGAACGUGUGGCCCACGUUGACCAGUGGCGGGGGAGACGACAUUAGCACGCUGGUAGGGUCCCGUCACAACGAGGAUCACCUGCUCAAAACCCUGACCACCCCUUUCCGGGGCAAUGCCGUGGUCCGUAUGAUCAUGCGGCCGUACCUACCCGUGUUCCAUACGGGCAAGAUCAUGGUGCCCGGGGUGGAAAUGAAUUUUGAGUUGCACUUCAACAGUCCCGAUUUCUACACGUGGGCGUCUCUCAACGAUGGCACGAAGGCCUACGUUCGGUUGCGAGAACAAGAUGUGGACAUCACCUUGCAUUUGUGCCGAUUGAGUCUAACCCGGAUGUCUACUCGUCCCUGGAAGGGGAACGCAAGCUCCGCAAGCAGGUGGUCAAGUACCCGGUGGUGAGUGAUCAGAUUCGCACGUUCUCGUUCAACGGGGCCACCACCGUGUGGAUGGAAGAUAACCUCUUUCUGGGUAGGGUACCCCAGCGCAUGAUCGUGGGGAUCUUGGACAGCACGGCUUUCAAUGGGGCCAAGGAAAAGUACCCGUUUGCCUUCCAGAGCAAAGGGGUGACGUCCAUUCGACAGUUUAUCGAGGGGGAAGAGUACCCGUACGUCACCCUGGAAUUCGCCGGGAAUAAUACGCUGAAAGAUUGGGAAGGCCAUCGUCGCUUCUUGGACGCGGCCGGGUCCGUGGCCAAACAUCGCGAGUUUAUGGUCAAACCGGGCGAUUGGGGGCACAACAAGAAUUGCACCCUGUACAUGUGGAACAACGUGCCCAGCGGGGACGCCGAUGGCCCCAAACUCAAUCCCAAGCAGACCGGCAACGUGCGUCUGGAGAUCAAGUUCAGAGCGGCCCUCAACGCCAACAUCACCAUCUUGGUGUGGGGAGAAUUUGAAAGCGUCAUCUACAUCGAUCACCUGGGCGCCGUGACGUAUGAUAACAAAGUGUAAAGGGUUCCAGGGCGUAGUUGGACCAUGGAACUGGUGGCGUUGAGCGAUCGUCAAUUGAGAGCCUUGGCGCUCUCCGACCCCGAGUUGAAGCGCGUGUUCCAAGGCGUCUAUCCCUCCGAUCGAUUGCCCGAGCACCCGCCCAAGACCACCCGAGGCGCCUACAUCGUCAACACGGACCCGGCCGGCGAACCGGGCCAGCAUUGGUUGGGUCUCUGGACGAACCAGGGGGUGUGCGAAGUGAUGGACAGUUACGGGUUGCCGUUGACCGUCUACGAGGCGCCGGGAUUGCACGAAUGGAUCGCGAAGCAUUGUAAGUACGUGGUGCGUACCGACAGGACCCUGUAGGCCUACGACAGUCGGGCCUGUGGCCACUAUGCCUUUACCUACCUGCAAGACCGCGUGCGUGGACGGACCCUGCUGGAGUUUGUGGAAAGUUUUCGAGACGGCGAUUACGUGUGGAACGAUCAUCGCGUGGGGGAACGCGUGCUUGGAUCCAGUCCAAACUGGACGAAGCGGCCAUGGACGAACCCGAUGGACCGGAUACGCAACGCUGUGUCUCUCGACGUUGUUUAUUGCCUGUAUUAAACGAGUCUUAAGGAAAAAAACGUGUGUGUUUUUUGGGUGGGUCCCACAAGGGGGAGACGAUGACCAGGGACGGACAUAUAAAGGGGACGCGGACCAGGGAGGGAGUGGGUGCGGGGGGCCUCCGCGCGAGCGGUCGGUCCGAUUCCCCAAGGGUUCUCUCCCGGCCGGUGGUGGGCACGUCCGGUGUUCUCAACAAAUAGUGCUACCCUGGGACAAGUUGACCGAGUCUGGCCGCGGGGGUGCCCCGUACUCAACCAAGGGGCCCUUAGCUCAGGGGGUAGAGCGGCGGCUUUGCAAGCCGCGGGUCAUCGGUUCGAGUCCGAUAGGGUCCACGCCACGUCGUCGCGGGCGCUCCAUAAAAACCGGUGCGCUCGCGGCGACGUGCUGUUUUUUUUUGGGUGAGAAAAAUGUUGACGCGCCAAGAUAAGCGACGCGUCCUGGAAGCCUUGGACGAACGCCUGUUGAUGGAAAUGCUGCUGAACCCCGUCGACGCGUUGUGCGACACGUGGGACUAUGGACACUAUCGAACCUUUCGUCGAUUGGUCUGGGCCAGCGAUUGGUCAGGGUUGGCCCGGGCCUUGGACGCGUGCCCGGAGACCGCCGUGGUCGAGACCACGCGGACCCUGAUAAAAGAGGCCUCGCCGCGAUUGUACGCCAUGGUGACGCCAUGAUUCGUCAUCCCUGCAACACGCUGGUGGGCGGCCCGUCGGGGUGCGGGAAAUCGACGUGGACGCGCGGGUUGUUACGUCACGCCGACGAACUGAUGCACCCACCUCCUCGGGUGAAACAUUAUUGUUACGGGGCCUGGCAACCGGCCUUUGACGAGAUGAAGCAAGAGAAGGUGCAGUUUCACGAAGGACUGCCCACGUCGGAGGAGUUGGACCAAUGGCUCGGUCCCACGCAAGGGGGACUCUUGGUGUUGGACGAUCUCAUGGACGAAGGCGCCAACGACAAACGCGUGUUGGAUCUCUUUUCCAAGCACUCGCAUCAUCGGAACAUUAGCGUCCUGUUCUUAUGCCAGGAUCUCUUCCCGCCCGGGAAAUUCGCCAAGACCAUUUCGCGCAAUGCGCAUUACAUCGUGGCGUUCAAGAAUCCGCGGGAUCAAGUGGGCAUGCGCACGUUGACCCUGCAAGCCUUUCCCAACGACUGGUCGCACGUGAUGAACAUCUUUCGCGAAUGCACCCAACGCCCAUUUGGCUAUUUAAUGCUGGACCUGCAUCCCGCGUCAGACGAUCGGUACCGUCUCUUCACCAACGUGUUACCGGAGGAAGUACCGACCGAGACCUAUGAACGCCAAGCAUGAGUAGACGGACAACGCCCUCGUCCGACGAGUUUCGGGACGAUCUGGAUUUCGACGUAUUGACCUGGGAGAAUGAACUGGCUCGAGAACAGGCGCGACAACUGCGGAGUCGCCAGGCAGGUCUGCAACGGGACUUAUCGGAACGUCUGGAAGGGCACACCACGCCCUUGGCGGUGGGCGUCUUACGGUCCCCCCUCGUCACGCCGACGGGGGUGCGGGAUGCCUUGCAACGGGCCAUGGACCUAUCGGGCAUCCCCACGGCCCCGCCGGCCGGGGUAGGCGUCGCGCCCAAUGUGUCGUCACCAAGUUCGGGCGUGCCCAGCGUGACGGCCAUCCGGACCGCGGCCCGGGACUUGCCGUCGCCCACGUUUAGUCCCCGACAAAUCGACGUCAUGGAACGGAUUCUUCGAAACGAGGUGCCCGAAGAGGACAUCGAUGCCCUGUUGAACUCGGUGGGGCUCGAGUUUAAACAAUUGACCGAUUACAUCGCCGAACGUCCACGGUCGCCCACGUUAAGUAGCCAACAAAUCGACGUCCUGGAACGGAUUGCCCGAGGGAAUUUUCUACCCGGGCAGAUCGAGGAUCUGUUGACGUCCUUGGGUCUCACCAAGGACCAAUUGCAGCAGUAUAUCGUCAACCGUUCCCCGACAUCCCGGACCCCUUCACCACCCCGACCCCGAGGGCGAGGUCGAGGUCGAGGCCGGGGACGCGGCGGAGUGCCACCCGGACGGGGUGGCGGGGGCGACGAUGGAGGCCCGCCCGGGGGUGGCGGCGGUGGCGGUGGCGACGGAGGAGGGGGACGUCGUGGCCGUGGGCGUGGCUCCAUAAAACGGCGACGGUAGGUCAUGAUGGCUCAAACCGGGGCGGGAAUGUGGCACGCCUUGGAUCGCGUGUGUCGUCAUUGCCUGUCAGGAUGAGUCACGGGCCGUACCAGAAAAAGUACCUGGUGUCCCCGGCAGACAUGGAGCGGUUGGUGGAACAAUACAAAGGCACGUUGAUGGAGAAUUCGCGGUUAACCCAUGCCGCGCGGUUGGCGGCCAAACAACACGUCUUGCUGGCCUCCCCCGAGAUCCCGCCGGCCACCAAAAAGAUCCGCGUCAAGGCCCUGGGACCCGAGGUGCGUCGAGCUACCAAACGCGUGCGAGUCAUGUCGUUGCCGGGGGCCGGAGGCGCGGCGGCGGGGGCUGACGACGACGACGAGUUUGCCCAAGGACCCAUGGAGACCUUCUUGAAAACGCUUAUAAAAAGCAGCACGCCCCAACCCAAGGCCACACCCAAAGGCAAGCCGAAACUCCCACCCAAGCCGAAAAUCCCGCCCAAGACACCCAUCUCGUUGCCGUUACCGGCCGACGAUUGGGAAGAGGAAUUGGCGGAGCCCAUUCCCAGCACGUCCAAGAGGAAAGGGAGUGCCACGUUGAGCAAAGGCAAGUCGCCUCUCACGGUCUCGAGACCCCCCUUGACCGUCAAGAAACCCAGUCGAUUUGGACAGGCGGCCAAAGAGGGCAAGAAACUGGCCAAGGAAGUGCUGAAGUUGAAACGACAACCCGGCUGGAGCGAGUGGGGAGAAAAGGUGCAGCGGAAACUGCAUGGCAAGGACUACUAGACGCCGCCGCCGCCCCCGCGCGUCGCGCCGUGGCCGGCGUCGCAUGGUCGGUCGGGGCUUGGACGUGCAAAAAUGGUUGGCCAAGACAGGCAUCGAAUUUCAUUGGCCGGGGUACCAAUACAUGGGUCCAGGCACCCAUUUGGAGAAACGUCUGAAGCGCGGGGAUCCCGGCAUCAACCGGUUGGACCGCAUUGCGAAACAACACGACAUUGAUUAUUCUCACGCGCGCUCGCAUCAGGACAAGUGGAAAGCCGACGACAAGAUGAUUCGCGCCAUUCAAUCCCUCCCGGGAAAAAAGACCUGGACCGAAGGCAUCGUCCAAAAAAUCAUGCAGGCCAAACGCAAAUUGAAACUGUAACGUGUUUUAUUGUGGCAAAGACUUACAUUGUGGUUUAUCUAAAGUAGAGUUCUAGCGACCUAAAUAAAGUGUUGUUUUUGUCAGUGUACGGUUUACAUCUCAGUAUUUUUUGGGUUCAUGGCGUCCCACUUGAACAUCGUCCCACUUAACAUCGUCACACUUGAACAUCGUCACACUUGAAAAAAUCGUCACACUUGAAAAUCGUCACACUUGAAAAUCGUCCCCAUAUCCCUUCCUAGGCUGCUUUGGAGCAUCCCUCGUCACACUCGCUCCAAUCCACCGGUUCACACCACUCGGGUGGCAUCAUCACAUACAUGACCUCGGUGGGGCCCAAACCCACGUCCUUCUUGGUGGGGCAUUCACGCAACAAUUUUUGGCAUUCGUCACACCGACCGUACACUUUAAAGACGGGUCGUUCAUAAAGGGCCUCGUCGGGCACGAUCUCGGCUUCAGCUAAUAAGAUCUUCAAGAAAUCGAAGGCAGGGUGGAUCUUGACCGCUGUCGGUAAAGGCAGCAUCUCCUUGGUGAGGCCACAACAAAUCAUCGCCCGUAAUUCGAUGGGUUCCGGGGGGGGGCAGGGUCUGGGUCUUGGGAUUCCAUUUCGUGAGGUACGUGAAGAUGCCCAACAGUCUCUUGCUCACUCGAUCCGAAUUGCCCGUGGUUAAACAUCUGAGCAGCGCGGGGAGUUCCUUGCUCAACAGGGUGAAACACCACGAGGCAGGGGACGGUAAGGAAUGGUGUGAAAACAUACGAUACAUCCACUCGCAUUGUUCCUGGGAUUCGCUCUCGAUGCGUACACCAUCUGUAAAACAAACAAAAAAAAGUGUUCAGUCCGAGUCGGGCGGUGCCGAUUUGCCGACCCCAUAAUAAUGGCAAUCGCACACCCACCCGCUGUGGUGGUAACACUCGGCCGAGUCCAACACGGGGUGAGGCCCUCCACGCUCUCGCUUGGUCAAGAAGGUGUGCACGUUGGUCGGUUGCGACUGCACCAGCACAAACACCCUGCACAAUAACCAAAUACAAUGGCAAGGGGCUCGCGGCCAGGUGUGCGCGUGGCGUAGAGGGUAAGGGUGAACGACUCGUUCCAACGUACCUCGGGCGAUGUCGGCCCCUUGGUGAACGGAACUAUAACAUUUCGCCUCGUUGCCAACAAUCUUCAAAGGGGACGCCAUGGGGAGUUAGCCGGUGUCAGAACAGGAACCAAACAUGAACAACCAAGAUGAGUCUGAUGAGAAAGCGACCCUUGGCAGUGAAAAUGCAACGGGCUUUCCCCGGCUCUCUAUAUACCCCCCUCUUGCCUAGGUCCCGGGCUCUCUCGACCUACCCUCCAAAGAGGGGGAUGGGGGGGGGGGGUAUCCCCCCUCUUUUAGGGCUUUGUUAGAGGGAGGUCCCAAUCGGUGAGACCCCUCCUCACACACCAUAAAAAGGCCUCUUUCCUCCAGUCGACUCAAAAGCAUCUUCAUGUGUUCUUUCUUGGUAUGGUGUGGCCUCUUCGUUUUGAUUGGUGCCUUCUGUGUGCGAGGGAACUGGUCCGAGCCGUCAUCCGUACCCCCUGUUGCCGCGUGCUGGUCCAUAAAGCCUGUUUGUACCCGGCCUUGGCCAUCAGUCCGUCCCGUCCGACCCCCACGUGCCCUCACUGUCAACAAGAGUUGGGUCUGGCCCGUUUUCGACGCUUGUGUUGGCGUUUGUCGGGUAAGUGGAGUCCAUGGUUUGAAUGUCCCCUCGCCCCUGUGUCCCCCUCACGCUCAUUCUUACCAUGGGGUUUACUUACAGAGCAUGGAUCCACCGCCGCCGCCACCACCGUCUUCCGCUGGUCCUCCCGACGACCACGACGAUCGGGUAAGUGGAACCCAUCGGUUGAAUUCUCCCGCGCCCCUGCCACCCACCUCCCGCGUCCCUAGCACCCCUGGCCUAUUCUUCCUUUGUUCGUUCCACUUAGGUGCUACCACGACCACGACCACGACCACCACCACCAUCGUCACCACGCCGCGACGCCAGGCCACCGCAGGUAAAUGUUUCAUUUUUUCACCCACGGGAACCGACUGGGCCGUGAUGUGAAGCUGAGCCCACCCGGUUUGGUCGAAGACAAACCGGGACAAGUCAGUCCCUCUCCGUUCUUUCUCGACUCAACGGGAUGUCUUGCGUGAUGGAGACCUUGUGCUCCAAAGGAUCCGACACCUCGUUUCUCUCCGUCUCGCUUUGCUGAAUUUGGUUCGUCUUCCAGUGGACUGUGAUACCUGGCUGCAAGGUGGAGUCCACGUUGCCCCCUCCCCUUUUCCCUUACGGGUAGGUUUUCUGGUUGGCACCUGUUUUAGAAGCUGUCUCUGUUUUUUUGGUAUUUUUUUAUUCUGGCCGGUUUUUUCUCAUAGGAGGAGCAGGUUUUCGCUGUUGGACUUUCUUGGCUGUCCUCAUCCACUGCGUUUUUUCUUCGUGCUGGCCAAUAACUCUCUCCCUUCCGUUUUGCGCCACUUGGCUCUCCUUUCUUGAUCGUCUCCUAGCUUGGUGAUCUGGAGGUUUUCCCUUGGACGAUUCUCCUCUGGAUUGGUCGCUUGCCUUUGUCUUUGCUUUUUUUAGCCCCCGCCGCUGUAGCCUGGAACUCUGGACGUGGCCGUCUGUGAAAAUGAAGCUCCAACAGCUUCCCUCUCGGACUCUGACCUUAUCGAGGUAAGUAGGGUGCAUUCCUUGCCCAAUCCAGUGACAGCAAGACCACCGGGAUGACCUGCUUGGCUGGCCUUUGAAAGGACGCCGCCUGUGGGUUCACGUAUCCCUUGGUUGCCGAGGGAUGCAUUUCCUGAGGCCGGGGAAGAACGAACCGACCUACCUGAGCAAGCAGUGCUGAUGCUGGGAAAGAACAGAGCCACCUGACAAGCAUGGUUACUCCAGACAUCCACUGGUGUGUCCGCUUGGAUCUGGUAACAGGGCCACCUGAAAAAGUAGACGACGAUGAAAUCCAAUCCCUUGGGAAGAUGCUGUUGGAUAGAGUCGACGGUGAACUACCAUCCCUUGGGAUCAUUUUGAGAUGCUGUUGGAGAUGCGAUUGGAGCGUUCAAAAUCCUUGCAGUUCUCCCUGUUCGGCCACACCCUUGCUGCCCUUCUGGUAAGCAGUUAUUCGCCGAGCAGAAGUCGUCAAGCUGCGAGGACGUGAAGGGCUAAAGUUGGCUUCCUUUCCAUCGCUGUACCCAUGAGCCUAGAGAAGUGGUUUCGUCUGACAGACCUCGGGGUGGAUCACCACCACAGAGGAUACCCUCAGUCGUCGGCGAUGACAAUCCAGGGACGCGUGUGUGAAACAGGUGGGCGUGGUAUUGCAAAACAGUGACAGGUUCCCAACUUGCUUUACCUCGUAGCCUGGCCAAGUGAACUGGACAUUGACACCCUGCCUCAGUGAGUUGCCGGAUGCCCCAUCUACCUUGGACCCGUGAUGCUGAUGCCUGACUGUGUGGGUUCGUCGGUGCUUUCCUCACCGGGACACAUCCUGUUGAUUGGCUUCUUUGGUGACUUUUUUUUGGGAGACACCCAGUUCUCAAGGUCGUCUGUCACCUGGCCCGUCUGUAUUUAUCCCCCUGAUGAGUCCUCGAGCACGUGACGAACGUUGCGCGAAACAUCGGCUUGUGGAGUACUUCUUGGAUGGUUGCCUGAGCAGUCGUCUGUUUGUGCGCUCUCGCAGACGGUGUUUUCCAUGGCUUGUCCUUGGUGUUCCCUGGGGAAGAAAUGGAAGUGGUUGGGUCACACCCAAACAGAGACAACCUGACGAGUCGAACGCGUUGUGUUUGGGGGAACACUGUGGUCCCUGAACACCCCCUCCACGACAUCGAGCAAGACCUUUCCAUAGCCAUGUCGUGCAGAACAAGCAAGUCCAUUCCACCUUUCGAGGAGCGUCAUCCGUUCCAUCACCUUGUUUUUUGGGUGGGACAUCUGUUCCAGCCUUUCUUCAUCAUCGUUUGGUGUGUUGACUGCUUGUUCUGCCGAAUCCCUGGUCCAAGCCAGUCUUCCGUCACUGGCACAGGGACAUCCUGAAUCGUUUCACUGCCACAGGGUUCCUGAUGCAUUCCAGCUGCCCUUAUGUUGGAUUCGUGGAAGUUCGUCCUCGAGAACCAUUGGACUUGGUCAGAGCUCCAUUGGUAUUUGUUCGAUAUCGGGCGUGUUUUCUGAGAGGAUAGGUAUGGGGAGAUUUUCCUGGGCUUUGCAAGAUCCUGCACGAAACCACCCCCCUUGGGUCGUAUGGAACCACAUGGGAUUCCCGUUGUGCAUACCUGUCUUUUGUAGGGUCAGGUUUGUGUUGGCUGUACUUCAUGUGGAUGAUGGAAGCUAUUGGUCGACGAUGGUCUCUGAUGGGUUGGAUCUGAUUCUUCAAUGUUGGUCUGCCGGGACCAACUGCGCCCGAGUUUCAGGCCGUGGGUUACUGCGACAGGAAAGAGCCCCUCUGAGAUGGACGAUCUCCAUUUUAUCAUCAGCAGCAUUUUUGGCUUGGAGUUCACGGACAAGUUGGAGUGCAUGGGACGUUGAGUGGUUUGGACUUCCCCGUUCGAGGCAUCUCUCUGAGACGCUCUGUUCAUGACGCUGGUUUCGUCUGUGUGCUUUAAACCGAUCGAUGGGGAACCCUCUGCUUCUUUGGCAUUGUAUGUGGACACUUUUUCUGUUGGGCGUGGCUGCCUGUCUCGGUCCACUCUUUGGCGGUGAUAUCAGGUUAGGUUCACUGGGACUUGGUAAGGGUCCCGAGUCAACUUGAGAGGCUGGAGUCAGUUGACUCGGGUCAGCUUGCCGAAGGUUUUAUCCAGCGCCUCGGCGGACACUCGUGUUCAAGGUGGGUUUCUCCUAACCGACUUUCAAGGUAGGUUUCUCCUAACUGACUUUUAUCCCUGGGAAUUGGACUGGCAUGAGCGUAGGUGUGUAGGCUGCUGCUAGUCUAGGCAUGGACGAAGUGGGUGUGUAUUGUAGCUGGGAAAUGCCUGGUCCUGGCUGGUCGACCCUCCACCGUCACCUGCACUACGUUCCUGGGGAAAGGUCCUUCUCUGUCACAAGGGUCUUGGUGGUGUGUUCUGCGUGUCAGGUCCUCGUGUUUGUCAACCGAAGGCUCUCGGCCGGUCUACCAGCUGGAGAAUCUUUGGGUGCAAUUGGCCUCUCAGUCAUUCCUGGUUGGACCCCCAGUUGUACUGUUAGUCACUCUUCAGUCCCUCCUUGGUAUUUUCUUUCCCCUCUUGUCCACGAGUUGAUCCAUCGUCUGCGUCCUGUUUCCCCACCCCAUUCACCUUCCUCCAUCUUGCUCCCCUCUCUCCCCUUUCGUUUUUUUUUUUUGUCCCUCACACCAGCUACUGUCCCUUCACUCUUGUUUUGUCCCUUCACUCCUUUUAGGCUUUCCUCUUAGGGUUACUUCCCACUUUUUCCUCUGUCGUUCCAUCCACUGAUGCAUUGUCUUUUUCUCAGGAGACUAACUUGUCUCGGUUUGUUUUUUCUCAAACCUUCAGGGCACCUCCAGCGAGUCGACCCCGGACAGAGACGAAUGGAACAGUCGACGCCAGUUGCAAUGCGACGAACGCCUGCCGACCACCAGCAACAGCAGCGACGACGAAGCGUGUCUGCAAGCGCUGCAAGCCGCCGAAGGACAAUCCGGUGGCGGGCUCCGGUUCCAGCUCACCCCCUACACCGUCCGUCACCGCCCCUCGUUCGGCGUCACCUGGCAAACGUUCCGGGGACGCCUGCAAGGCCAACCCAGCUCGGGCGACGCCUCGGAGGAAGUGAUUCGCGCCCUGGGCCAAGCCAGCCGAGAGCAAUCGCGUCCGUGGCACGACGACGAUUAUUUGCAGAUCUACCUGGGAUCCAACCGCUUGGCCAAUAAUUUUACCAGUGCCCGCGUACGGGUGAGAGAUUGGCGCCACACGGAAGGGCCCGCGCGGCAUCUGCUCGAACAGAUGACGGCCCUCUUGAACUCCAACGAGGACUUUGCCGUGGACGAUACCUUCGUGGUGGACUUGACGUACGUGCGGCCACCGCGCGGCACGGGCCGUCGUAAACUCGGGUCCGACGCCUUUGUCAAUAUGGUCAAGAGCAAACACAGUUGUAUCAAGAUCACCAACAAGGACGAUCUCUGCUGCGCACGGGCCCUGGUGACGGCGCGAGCCUACCGACACAAAGAUGAAAGUAGUCUUCACAUGAGCGAAUACAAUAUCAUCCGGCAAGGGCGCGAUGUCCAAAAGGCCAAAGCCCGCGAAUUGCAUCGAUUGGCCAAAGUGCCCGAAGGGCCUUGCGGGUUGCCCGAAAUACGCGACUUCGAAAAGGUGCUGCUCGACUACCAAGUCAUCGUGGUCUCGGCCGAUCACGGGAAUGCCAUCGUGCAUUGCGGCCCGACCGCCCUGCACCAAUUGAUUCUCUUAGCCCACCAGGGACAUUACGACGUCAUCACCAAAUUGAACGCGUAUUUUGGCGUGAACUACUUUUGCUUGCGGUGCCGCAAAGGGUUCAAGACCAAGGACUUUAGUCAUCAUCGGUGUCCCGGUUUCAAGUGUUACUGUUGCCAACAAACGGACUGCUCGGACUUUGCCACCCACCCUGCCCGAGACGCCGCCACCGAACUGUGCCCCCAUUGCCAUCGCCGUUUCUUUGGCCCUCGGUGCCUCGAACUGCACACCAUCCGUUCUCCCAGCGGCGCGAGGGUUCACCCGCUGACCUUCGACAACGUGUGUGCCCAACUACGGUGUUGCGGGCACUGCGGACGCACCUUCAAGAGCUACCAGGCCUUUCUCAGCCACCUGUGCGGCUAUCAACCGUGCUACAAUUGCGGGCUCACGGUGGACGUGUGGGACCACAAAUGUUUCAUCCAGGCCAUCCCCUUACGUCGAGGGCCCAAACGCAAACACCCCACCACCAGUACCGGCCAGCCGGGACCCGUGCCCGAGGAACAGGCCGUCGUCAAAAUCUUUUUUGAUUGCGAGUGCAUGCAGGAAGGCGGGGAGGCGCAUCGCGUGAACCUGGUGUGCGCCGAGACCAGUGUGGACGAUCAACGCUACCAGUUUCCGUCCAUGCAAGACUUCAUGGCCUGGGUGUGGCACCUGAGAGUGACGGUCCCCGGACGCCUCCCGUUCGUGUUGAUCGCGCAUAAUUUCCAGGGGUACGACGGGUACCUACUGCUCGAGGAACUGUACAAGCAAGCGGUGAUGCCUUCGCAGAUCGUCAACGGGGCCAAACUCCUGAGCGUCGCCAUUCCCGGGGCAAUCAAAUUCAUCGACAGUUUGAACUUUUUUCCCAUGGCCCUGGCCUCGUUUCCCCAGACCUUCGGCUUGCGGGAAGAAGCCAAGGGGUUCUUUCCCCACUUCUUUAACGUACCCACCUUGCAGCAGUACGUGGGGGCCAUGCCGGCCCGACAGUAUUACGAUCCCGACGGCAUGAAACCGGCCCGUCGCGCCGAUUUCGAACUAUGGUACGCGGAACAAGUGGCGUCCAAUCGCGUGUUCAACCUGCAAGCCGAACUGUUGAAAUACUGCCAGUCCGACGUCAGGAUCCUGAAACAGGCGUGUACCCUCUUCGAGCGCGAAUUCAGGGGCAUUUGCGGGUUCGACCCCUUCGAACAAUGCAUCACCAUCGCCUCGGCGUGCAACGUGGCCUACCGUCAGCAUUGGAUGCGGCCCCGAACCCUGGCCGUCGAACCCCUGCACGGCUCGCAUCCGCAGAUCCGCCAAUCGAGAGCCGCCUUGGAGUGGUUGUACCACCUGGAACGCAUCCUGCCCCCACCCACGGACGGGGAACCGCGCCUACGCCACAGUCGGAACGGAGGCGAAGUGCUGUUCCGGAUCGGCGAGCAUCGCUACCACGGGGACGGCUAUGAUCCGCGCACCGGGUUCGUGUACGAAUUCUACGGCUGUUUCUACCACGGGUGCCCCGAAUGUUUUCCCCAGCGACACCAGCGGCACGCCAAACUCGACGGGGCCACGCCCCACGAACUGUACACGCGCACGGUCCAACGGGCCGAACGCAUUCGUCAAGGCGGUCACGUGAUGGUCGAAAAGUGGGAGUGCGAGUGGGACGCCCAAAAGAGGGAGGAUCCCGAGUUGCGCCUGUGGGCCGAGACCCUGGAUCUGGUGUCGCCCCUGGAUCCCCGCGAGGCCUUCUUCGGCGGACGGACCGAAGCCGUGCGAGCCCACUGUCAGGCCCAGCCGGACCAACACAUCUUCUACAACGAUUUCACGUCCCUGUACCCGUGGGUCAAUAAGAAUUGCAAGUACCCCGUGGGUCAUCCCGUCAUUCACACGCAGUUCACCUGCCAAACCCCCGAAGACUGGGACCGACUGGUGCGCCAUCAAUCGUACGGGUUGGUCCAAUGCCGCAUCCUGCCGCCUCACUACCUGUUUCAUCCCGUGCUGCCCGUCCGCGUGGCCGGCAAGUUGUUGUUUCCCCUGUGCGUCCAAUGCGCCCGACAGCAACUGCCCCUACCCUGGACGGAACGCACCCACAUCUGCGACCACACCCCUCGCGAACGAGCCUUCGUGGGGACUUGGUGCACGCCCGAAUUGGUGCAGGCCCUGGACCAAGGGUACGUGAUCCUGCACAUCUACGAACUGUGGAACUUUCGUACGACCUCCACCACCCUGUUCAGGGAUUACAUCAACACCUGGAUCAAGGUGAAACAGGAAGCCGACGGCUGGCCCUCGCCCGAGGUGGAAAAAGAUCCCGGCUUGCAAAUCGAGUACCUGGAAGAGUUUCGGCGCGUGGAAGGGGUGAUCCUCGACCCGGCCAAGAUCGAACGCAACGAGGGUCGACGCACGUUGAGCAAAUUGAUGGCCAACAGUUUCUGGGGCAAAUUCGGUCAACGCACCAACAAGACCCAGGUGACCACCUGCAAGGACCUCGAGAACUUCUUCGACAUCUUUCUGGACGGCGAACGCGACAUCCAUCGCAUCCUGCCGGCCGGCGAACAGAUGAUCGACGUGUACCACUCGUUCAAGGAAGACGUGGGCGAACUGGGCACCAACACCAACAUCUUCGUGGCCGCCUUCACCACGGCUCACGCGCGCGUCAAAUUGUAUCACGACGGGCUGCUCCCCCUGCACACCCGCGUGCUGUACAUGGACACGGAUUCCGUGGUGUACCUGGCCACCCAAGGCGAGACCCACCUGCCGCGAGGACGUUUCCUGGGCCAAUUCAAGGACGAACUGAAAGGCGACGUCAUCGACGAAUUCGUGGCCGGCGACCCAAAAAUUACGCCUACCGCACCCGUUCGGGACAAGAAUGUUGCAAGGUGCGCGGCUUCACCGUGGACGCCCGGGGACAAGCCGUCCUGAACUUCGAGAGCGUCCGAAACCUGGUGCAGAAAGACAUCGACGAGCCUCUCGAUCGUCCCAGAACGCUGUCCGUCGACAACCCCCAUCACAUCGUACGGAACGUCACCGACAAGACGCUCCAUUGCGUGCCGCAACGCAAGACCUACUGCAUAGUCCAAGACAAACGGGUGCUGGAUGCCGAUACCGGCAUGACGUACCCCUUACGGUUAUCGACCCAGUCAGGACAUCGUGGACGACAUGGUGUUGUCGGUCCUGUUCUCGGACAUAGACUCUCCCUUAGAAGACUAUGAGGAGGACUUGCCUUUCAUUCCAGAACCGUGCCAAUGUUGAAAACAAAUGGAAGGGACGCCCCACACCACUAAGGUCGGGCACACGUUCCCGCUUGUAAAACGUUAGGGUUCAAGUGUAAUAAACCUGAGUUUGAACACUGUGCCAAAAAAAUGUGUUUAUUUUUUUUCCUUUUUUUGAAUUCCCUAGGGAAUACCCACGUGACCACCGGGGAGAGACUGUCCGGGGGGGACCUCGACCCAGCCCCAACCUAGGGUUAGGGUCAGGACCCAGGAAAACACCGUUGACCCCCAAAAACCCAAGUUUAUGGUGUGGGCAUGCGCCCUCGCGAAUUCUCUCUUAGGGUUCCCACAUGGACGAGACUUCAAGUUCGUCUACCAAUAUAAGAGCCCUUAGGGUUAGAGUUACGGUAACAGGGCUCUAGGGUUAGGGUAACAGGGCCACACCCCAACGUGACACGAGGUCACUUUUACAACACGUCAUCACCCCUAUGACGUCACUCAUGAAUGAUUGACAGCUCAUUAGAUGCACUCAUUAACUAAUGAAUGAUUGAGAGCUCAUUAGCGUCAUGAAAUUGACAAUUAAAUCACUAAUGAUGAUUGACAGGUCACAUGACCUUCUGCUGCACGCUGAUUGGUCCACGUGUACCACGUGACCUAAAUCCGGCUCUCUGAUUGGUCUGUACCGUAGUGACCCCUCUUACUACUCAUAGCAUUGAAUAAUACAUACAUCUAAGCUUAUCGCCGUGGACUGAUCUCAUAGAAUCACAUUUUUUAUUUUCUAAAUGGCUUUAUUGCUCCAACUGCUUAUUUUUGAAAGGAGUAUUUAUUUAUCUCCAUCCAAUCCCUCCUUCAGUUAACAGUGAUCUCAUUUGUCUAACUAGAUUCCUGAGGUCUGUGGCCUAUGGCCAAUUUACAAGACUGCUGUGGAGUAAUAUUGGUAGUUCCAGGCGAUACCCCUUGCCCUGUUGUGCCUACAGUAAAAUCAGGAAACAAUUUCCGAGUCAAAAUGGCCAUUAUCGUGGAUUCGAAGAUGAAGAAAAUGAAUAA